AGACUGUUAUUGAAAUAUGGCUCUGCGAGGAUUUUCCAGUUUUGAGGCCAUGUUUCGUCAACAAAUGGCUAAAACAACUCCAAUUGAUGUUCUGAAAACUAGAAAAGAAAAGGAGGGUCUUACAUCUGAAGAAAUAAAACAGUACAAAUCAACUUUCAAGAGGUUUGAUGUUGAUAAUGGAGGUUCAAUUGACUCCGAGGAAUUGGGUAACCUGGUGAGAGUUCUAGGAUUGAAUCCUACCGAGGAGGAGGUUCGGCGUCUAACAGUAGAGAUCGACGAGGACGGAUCCGGAGAAAUAGAAUUCAAUGAAUUCUUGAAAAUCAUGAACUCAAAAAUUCUCAGGCAAAUGCAGUCGAUUGAUGAUAGAGAAUCCAGACUUAGAACAGCAUUCAGAAUGAUUGAGAAUAGCGAGGGGAAACUCGAGAAAUACGACAUUGUUAGACUUCUUACGACGAAAGGAGAGAUGAGGAUGAGCAAUGAUGAAGUUGAGGAAAUGAUUUCUAAAGUUACAGAAGACAGGAAUAAUCUUGAUAAAGUUACAGAAGACAGGAAUAAUCUUAAUAAAGUUACAGAAGACAGGAAUAAUCUUUGUAAAGUUAUAGAAGACAAGAAUAAUCUUAAAAUAAAGUUACAGAAGACAGGAAUAAUCUUGAUAAAGUUACAGAAGACAGGAAUAAUCUUGGUAAAGUUAUAGAAGACAGGAACAAUCUUGAUAAAGUUACAGAAGACAGGAAUAAUCUUGAUAAAGUUACAGAAGACAGGAAUAAUCUUGGUAAAGUUAUAGAAGACAAGAAUAAUCUUAAAAUAAAGUUACAGAAGACAGGAAUGGUCUUGAAAUAAAGUUACAGAAGACAAAAUAAUCUUAAAAUAAAGUUACAGAGGACAGAAAUGAUAUAUAAAUAGACAUCAUACAUGAACAGUCAUCAUUGCAUGUACAUUACAAUGUACAUUGUACAAUGUACAUAUGCGUUUGAAUUUUAUGGAGCUAAUCUGUUUGUUUUUUCAAGAUUAUGAAUUAUGUUUAGCAAAGGAAUGUUUAGAAAAGAAGAAUUCAUCACAGUUCUUACGUCAUGAUAGAAUUUAGAUUAAAAACAGUUUUUUUAACUAAUGUUAAUUAGCUCUCUCAAUCUGAAGCUUACCAUUGUAAAUAUAAACCAAUUAUAAAAUUCUUUAUAAUUCGUCUUGUUUUUACAACAAUAUUAAUCCUUUCUUUCACAGAAUAUCUUGAAAUUACUUUUAUUUUGAAUUCAUGUUAAUUUCUAAUUAAUAUUACUAU